CCAAAAGUAUCUCUACAUUUGGAGAAACAACAAAAGACAUGAAACGAUGAUCAGUUCAUCAGACAACUCAUUCCAAUCUUUCAAAAGCUAAAUCUCAAAACCCUACGCCUUGGUGAGCUCGGAGCUUCCGGCGUCUAAUAUCCUCAGCUGAGUAUUUGCUGCUGCUGUUGUCUGCUUUUGAUGGAUAUUGCAGCUUGGAUUUUAAUUCUCUUGCUGCUACUGUUUGUUAGGACAUGUACAUUUUCAAUAAUUUGUCAACAGAGAGCUCAUGUUUCCAGAACCAUAGCCUGGAGCACCUGGAUUUGUCUAACUGUGGGAGUAGAAUCACUAAUCUUGGAGGUGUGGCAAUCUCUGCAAUUCAAACCCUCACGGAAUUGCAAUUGGUUGAUCUUCAGACCAUGUCAAAUAGUACCAUGGUUGCUCUUGCAGAGAACUGCCUUAACUUGGAAAUACUUGAUUUUUGGGACUGUAAAGCUGUAACAGGAGCUGGCAUUUGUGCAUUUUCAGGUCAUAAGUGUUUGAAACGCCUUGUAUUGCUUAACUUACCCUAUCACAAUUUCGAUGAAACUGAUUUGGACAGCAUAGCCCUUGGACUCCCGUCAUUGGAGUCGGAAUCAGUUCUGGUGAACGAUAGGAUUGAAUUGGUGCACUACAGAACUAGAAGAGUCGUCAAGUUCAUUGAUAUCUUCAUGCAGUCCUUCAGAUUGAAUGAGCAGAUGUAGAUGAUCUUUUAUCAACAUUGUUGGAAAAUUCAUAUUUAUAGAUUGUCAGUAACUUGCCUAAAGAUUUUAUGCAUCCAUGGACGUUCUCUUCUCCUCUGGGUUUUGGUGGAGCUGAUGUAUUCUGCUUCUAUUAUUGACUUAUAGUUCCCUUUUUGCUUCGAUACUUAUUUCUUUUGUUGCUUGGCUUGAACUUGUUAUGGACACUCAAUUAUUAUUCUCGGUUAGUUUGUAUGGUGCAAGUCUCACUUGUCUGCUUAAAUAACCAUGUUCAUCCCAGAUUUGCAGCUUCUGUUGUCUGCUUUUGAUGGAUAUUGCAGCUUGGAUUUUGCU